AUGAGCGGAGGGGAACGCAAGGGGGGUGUCGGGUCCCAAGGUGACGAUGACGAGGAAGGCAAGCCGUCGGGCGCGGCUGGUCCUGCUGGGUCUGGAGGUAGCGGAGAGGACAUGAAGCCCAGCGGUUCAGGCUCAGGUGCGGGUCCCAAGCCGAGUGGAGAGGCUCCGACCAUCCCGGCCGCGGGAGACCCUAUGAGUGAUAUGACCACCCCUGCUGUACCGGAUGAGGAGGGGAGCGAGAACGAUGAUGAGAUCGAUGAGCCGAUGGGGGACGACGAGGGAUCAGAGGAUGACGGUGCUGGCGAUGAAUCGGAGGAUGGUGAUGAAGCGCCGGAAGGAAUGGAAUGCUAG